AAGUGGGAAGAGGCGUGUCCGCGCAGCCAUGGACGGGGACGGCGCGUACGAGCCGGGCUUCGUGGGGAUCCGGUUCUGCCAGGAAUGUAACAACAUGCUGUACCCCAAGGAGGACAAGGAGAACCGGAUCCUGCUCUACGCUUGCAGGAACUGUGAUUACCAGCAGGAGGCCGACAACAGCUGCAUCUACGUCAACAAGAUCACGCACGAAGUGGACGAGCUGACGCAGAUCAUCGCUGACGUGUCCCAGGACCCGACCCUGCCCCGCACCGAGGAUCACCCCUGCCAGAAGUGUGGCCACAAGGAGGCCGUGUUCUUCCAGUCCCACAGCGCCCGCGCUGAGGACGCCAUGCGGCUGUACUACGUGUGCACGGCCCCGCACUGCGGCCACCGCUGGACAGAGUGACCCCAAACGGGACCCCAAACGGCACCCUGGACCCCAAAUGGGACCCCAGGAGUGGCUCCAGAAGUGACCCUAAAAUGACCCCAAAAAUGACCCCAGGAGUGACCCCAAAAGUGACCCUAAAAUGACCCCAAAAAUGACCUCAGUGGCCCCAGGAGUGACCCCAAAAGUGACCCCAGGACCUCAAAAAUGGCCCCAGGAGUGACCCCAGGAAUGACCCUAAAAGGGACCCCAAAAGUGACCCCAGCACCCCAAAAAUGACCCCAAAAGUGACCCCAGGAGUGAUCCCAAAAGUGACCCCAAAAGUGAUCCCAGGAAUGGCUCCUAAAAUGACCCCAAAAGUGACCCCAAAAAUGACCCCAAAAGUGACCUCAAAAGUGACCCCAAAAGUGACCCCAGCACCCCAAAAUUACCCCAGGAAUGGCUCCUAAAAUGACCCCAAAUGUGACCCCAAAAAUGACCCUAAAAGUGACCUUUGGACCCCAAAAGUGGCCCCAGGAGUGACCCCAAAAGUGACCCCAGCACCCCAAAAGUGGCCCCACGAGUAACCCCAAAAAUGACCCCAAAAGUGGCCUCAGGAGUGACCCUAAAAUUGACCCCAGGUGUGACCCCAAAAGUGAUCCUUGGACCCCAAAAGUGACCCCAAAAGUGACCCCAGGAAUGGCUGCUAAAAUGACCCCAAAAAUGACCCUAGGAGUGACCCCAGAAAUGACCCCAGCACCCCAAAAAUGACCUCAAAAUUGACCCUAAAAGUGACCCCAGCACCCCAAAAAUGACCCCAAAAGUGACCCCAAGACUGAGUGACCCUAAAAAUGACCCCAGGACCCCAAAAGUGACCCCAGGAAUGGCCCCAAAAAUGACCCCAAAUGUGACCCCAGGAGUGACCCCAAAAGUGACUCAGGACCCCAAAACUGACCCUAAAGCGACCCCAGGACCCCAAAAAUGACCCCUAAAAUGACCCCAGGAGUGACC